AUAGUGACGGGAGCAACAACACUUGCCUAAACGGAGGAUUAGGACUCUUCCGACAUGUGUGCAGAGUGUGCCGUUCAGUCUGUGCACGGUGUAUACGUGAUUGGGAGCAGUAACGGAAUGAGCCUAGGAAGAGAGGCUGGUCUGUUUAAAGUGACGCGUCGUCCUAUAGAAGGCGAUGCUGUAUCUCUGGGCCCAGUUUAAGUUCUGACAAGGAAAGUGGGAAGAAAGGACUGAGGGAGUGAAUGCAGAAGCAAGGGCGGAGGCUGCCAUGGAUUGCACUCCAAGAGUUUGUUCGCUGUUUCUGGUCCUGCCGAUCCUGACGCUGAUUUCAUUGUCCCAAUUUUCUGAUUGUCGAAGUGAAAUACGGAAAAAUCCGGUCCCGAAAGAAAAUCUCCUGGUUUUCACUGUCGCCACAAAAGAGACAGACGGUUUCAAGCGAUUCAUGAGAUCUGCAAACUUCUUCAAUUACACAGUUAAGGUAUUGGGUCUGGGUGAAGAGUGGACAGGUGGAGAUGUGACAAAAACCUCAGGGGGCGGCCAGAAAGUACGGAUUCUCAAGCAAGCCCUGAAAUCGUAUGCCACCGAAAAGGAACUGGUUAUCCUGUUUGUGGACAGCUAUGAUGUGAUAUUUGCUUCAGGGCCUGAAGAAUUACUGAAGAAGUUUCAUCAGGCAAAACACAAAUUGGUCUUUGGUGCCGAGGCCUUUAUUUGGCCCAGUCGCCACCUUGAAAUCCAGUACCCUCAUGUCCGUGAAGGCAAACGAUUCCUCAAUUCUGGAGGAUUUAUUGGCUUUGCUCCGAAUGUUUACCAGCUUGUGGAACCCUGGGAUCUACAGGACAAAGAUGAUGAUCAACUCUUCUACACAAAAACAUACCUGGAUCCGGAGAAGAGGGCGAGUUUGAAUAUUACCCUGGACCACAGGUGCCGGAUAUUCCAGAAUUUGAAUGGAGCGCUGGAUGAAGUGGUUCUGAAAUUUGAGGAUAAUCAAGUAAGGGCACGAAACAUGGCAUAUAAUUCGCUGCCAGUCAUCAUCCAUGGAAAUGGCCCCACAAAGAUGCAGCUAAACUAUUUGGGGAACUACAUUCCGAAGGUUUGGACCUUUGAAACUGGCUGCACACACUGUGAAAAAGACACAAUAAGUUUGGCAGAAAAGAAGGACAGCGAGUUUCCCACCGUCCUCAUUGGGAUCUUUAUUGAGCAGCUGACGCCCUUUAUAGAGGAUUUCUUUGAGCGUCUACUGAAUUUGAAUUUCCCAAAGAAGCAACUCCGAAUCUUCAUCCACAACACGCAAACACACCAUGAGCAGCAUGUGUGGAAGUUCAUAGAGCAACAUGGGGACAAGUAUCAGAGUGUGAAAGUAGUUGGACCCGAUGAAGAGAUUGCCAAUGCAGAUGCUCGUAAUAUGGGGAUUGACCUGUGCCGGCAAGAUGUGACAUGUGAUUAUUACUUCAGUGUUGAUAUUGAAGUCGUGCUGCAGAAUCGUGACAUCCUGAAACUCCUCAUAGAACAGAACAGAUCAAUACUGGCACCUCUGAUCAGUCGCCACAAGAAGCUGUGGUCUAACUUCUGGGGGGCACUCAGUGUUGAUGGAUAUUACGCCCGGUCAGAGGAUUACGUGGAUAUUGUUCAGCGACGAAGAAUUGGUCUCUGGAAUGUUCCAUACAUCUCCAGCGUGUACCUGAUCCAAGGCACUUUGCUGCAAUCAGUCCUGACUGAGAAAGAUCUCUACCAUGCUAGCAACCUGGACCCGGACAUGGCUUUCUGUCACAAUAUCAGGGAACAGGAAGUCUUCAUGUACAUCACCAACAGGCAUGAGUUUGGACGCAUUCUCUCCGUGGCAAACUGUCAUACUGAUCACUUGCAUAACGACCUGUGGCAGAUCUCUGAAAACCCACAGGAUUGGGAGGACAAGUACAUUCAUGAGAACUAUAGCUCAAUCAUUGAAAACAAGAUACUUUUAGAGCCUUGUCCAGACGUUUACUGGUUCCCUAUUUUCACUGAACGAGCCUGUGAUGAGAUUGUUGAGGAGAUGGAACAUUUUGGACAAUGGUCAACUGGAGGUAAUCGGGACAUACGUAUUCAGGGUGGAUAUGAAAAUGUGCCAACAAUUGACAUUCACAUGAAUCAGAUUGGAUAUGAGAGAGAAUGGCAGAGGUUUUUAAGAGAAUUCAUUGCACCUUUAACUGAAAAGAUUUACCCAGGCUACUACACCAAGGCGUACUCGUUUCUGAACUUUGUAGUGAGAUACAAGCCUGAGGAGCAGCCCUCGCUCGAACCCCACCAUGAUGCCUCAACCUUCACUGUUAACGUAGCUCUAAACAGGGCAGGAGUUGAUUAUGAGGCUCUCUUUGACCUGGCCUUUGUAGUUAGGUAUAAACCUGAUGAACAGCCAUCUUUAAUGCCACAUCAUGAUGCUUCUACUUUUACUGUAAACAUUGCACUGAACAAGGUUGGAGUUGACUACCAGGGAGGAGGAUGCAGGUUCAUCAGGUAUAACUGCUCCAUCCAGGCUCCUCGGAAGGGCUGGGCCCUCAUGCACCCGGGGCGACUGACCCAUUACCACGAGGGUCUUCCAACCACCAGCGGCACGCGAUACAUUGCCGUCUCUUUUGUGGACCCUUAACUAAAGUGCUUAUCAUUUGAAUGCAUGCAGUGGAAGCUGUGACAUACUGCGAUCCUAUCUUCCUCAGAAUAUUGCAGCAAGGCCCAUGUUCCUGCUCUGUAUAUAAUGGUUCAUAGAAUUCUUCAAGUGCUUAGUACAA